AUGCAGUCUAAUGAUCCUAAACUUGGCUUACUUUCUAAUUAAUCGAACUAGAAAUACUCAGACUCACACUAAGAGAAUGAUGGAGUUGAGUUGUUAGAUUUUGGAGACGAUUCAGAUCAAAUUCAAUUUGAUGAUACAAUAUGCUAGAAUAAGGCUGUAGUGCUGACUAACCUUGGUCAAGAACCUAUUACAAUGGCUAGCUCUAAGACAAGGGAUAAUUAAAAUUAAUAGGUAAAUCAGAAAAUCUAAUCUCAAGCAUCCCAUCCUCUUUCGUAAUAAGUUCCCCAAUCUCAAAUGUAAAAUGUUCAAAAUUUAUCUAAUUAAAAUUGCUUUUAAACUUUUUCUAGAGAAGAACGAGAACAACAACCUAAUUAAAUAUCUUAAAAUCAAAACCAAAAUGUUAAUGCAAUUAACUAAAUACAAUCAACAUGCAUGUUCUGUUAGGUUCCAUAAAUGAUUCCCAAAGAUAAAAACGUGUUUAUCUGCUACAAUUGCUAAUAGAUUAAUAAGUUGAUCUUUGCCUAUUUUAUCUGUGGUACUUGCAGAUUGACUGUAAUGUAUCAAUAGGGAAUAUCCAAUCUAAUUAACUGUACCAACUGUUUGACUAUGAAUUAUGUACAGCAACCCAAUCUUCCAAACACUCUCUAAUAAGCCAAACCUUCAACUCUAUAGGUUUAAUACGUAGUUCAUUAACCUUUACCAUAAUCCACAUUGCCUAAUUAAUAGUAAGGACAAGGCCUUCAAUAAUAGCAAUAAAGAAAUCAAGUUUCGGAUCUCGAGGCCGAAUUUAAGGAUUUAAUUAACUGA